AUUCGAAUCCUAGUGCAUUUCUCGUUUGCAGCCGCCUUCCUAGAGCAGUUUGGACAGUGCCAGUCAGAUGAACAAGUGCAGAAAUUGCAAGAAAUCUUGAAACCCAUGAUGCUUCGUCGUCUUAAAGAAGAUGUGGAGAAAUCAUUACAGCCGAAAGAAGAAACUAUCAUUGAGGUACAACUUUCCGACACCCAAAAGAAGUUUUAUCGUGCAAUUCUUGAGAGGAACUUCUCCCACUUGUGCAAGGGUAUAUUUUUCUCCGUAUAUAGUUGUGCGUCCGCGCCUUCGCUAAUGAACGUGAUGAUGGAGCUUCGCAAAUGUUGCAAUCAUCCGUUCUUGAUUCAGGGUGCUGAAGAAACCAUUAUGUCUGAGCUAAAAAUGCUGCAUCCUGACUGGGAUGAGGAGACCUUGGCACACAAAGCACUAGUACAGGCAUCUGGAAAAGUAGUUCUUAUCGAGAAACUUUUGCCGAAGUUGAGAAAGGAUGGUCACAAAGUGCUUAUCUUUUCACAAAUGGUCAAGGUUCUGGAUUUGCUGGAGGAAUUUCUUGUUAACAUGAACUAUCCGUUUGAAAGAAUUGAUGGAAAUGUGCGAGGAGACCUGCGCCAAGCGUCGAUUGAUCGAUUCUCAAAGAAAGAUUCUGAUCGUUUUGUCUUUCUGCUAUGUACCAGAGCUGGCGGUUUGGGCAUCAAUCUGACAGCUGCCGACACUGUUAUCAUCUUCGAUUCAGACUGGAAUCCUCAAAAUGACCUGCAGGCACAGGCGAGAUGUCAUCGAAUUGGCCAAACAAAAAUGGUCAAAGUUUAUCGAUUGGUCACUGCCAACACUUAUGAGAGGGAAAUGUUCGAUAAGGCGUCUCUGAAGCUUGGAUUAGAUAAAGCUGUGCUACAGUCUACAACCGCUCUCAAAGAAAGCAGCACAGCGUUGAGCAAAAAAGAUGUUGAGGAACUGCUGAAGAAGGUAUGUUGUAAUAUGUUUUGUUUUAUUCUUGGGAUAAUUUGUUACGUGUUUAGGGUGCUUAUGGCUCUAUCAUGGAUGAAAACGUCGACGAAGGCAGCAAGUUCAGUGAAGAAGAUAUCGAGACUAUUCUCCAACGACGAACAACUACCAUCACCUUAG